ACAAUGACUUGAAUCAGUUUAGUGCAAUUCCCCUGCUGAAUGUGAUUAGCCGAGCCCUACCUGGCAAGGUGUUCCAGCACUGCCUACGAUACCAAACCUCCACAAGACGUAUUUGAAUGUGACAGUGUGAUAAAGAUGACACCCCUGUGUAUCAAUCGAUGACAUUUAUGAUGACGUCAUUUGGUGAUAUGACGUAGGCAGUGGUCUUAAUAAGGAGGGACCGAUCUGCGAUCAUGGGGAUUGGUCCGUUGCUAUGGAUAUCGUUCCUAGUCCGAUAUUCAGAAUGUACGUGCUCGUUGCCUACCAAUCUAGUGGGGUCCUGGACCAGCAGCGAACAGGGUUCUAUGACCUUCACGUCCGAUUCGCUUCUCAGCUAUGCCACCACCACAUUCGGCACGUUCACUUUCACCUGUGAUUCAUAUUCCGGGUCACAGUAUGUCUUGAAAUCACCAGCGUUUACCUACCAUAACCUUCCGUUUGAGGCCUACCUCUGUUUAGUAUUGACAGAGGUAUCGUCAUCGCAAUUCACAUACUUCAUAGGCUCAGAUCCUAACAGCAUUGCUGGAAAUGACCGUCUGAAGACGUCCAAUCCGUCCAUCCCUCUGUCCAAUUCGGACGUGUGUGACCGGUCAUCUUAUCCAACCGGAACAUAUUACGUGCUAGUCAAAGAUGGCGAGAGUACCAGUGCCCGAACAAACUGCCCGUCCGACAUCCGGUUAUUAUGGACUUACACUUAUGACGACGGAAGCGGAAGUGACGUAUGUUCUGGUAACACAACAUCUGCUGACGUGUGUACCACUUCUACCGAUAUAACCUUGUCAUACUCAUCUUGUACCCAGAUGGUUAUGUAUUCAAGCAGUGGAUUGUUAUAUUGUCUCAACAGUUUAACAUAUAAUUCAAGUACGUACAUAAAUAUGUACAACACGGACACGACCACGGACGAAUCCUCUACAUACCGUUUUUCCUGUCUGGUGAUGACAACAUCUGGAAAUACCCGGUACAUCACACAGUAUCCUAAACAAUGUCAUGAAAACCAAACAUCUACCACAGUCGAUUCUCCAGGAGCCAUCCUCGUCUUUAGUCUCUCAAGUUCUUGUCCGACAUCAGACUCCGUGAGCGCUGCCACCAUAGCUCUCGCUGUAGUGAUACCUCUCAUUCUUAUCAUUACCGGGUGUAUAAUCAGCUACUUCUGUUGGGUGAAGUACGAGAAGAGGAAAAUAGAGGAGGCCGCAAGACCAGAUCCUAAGUUUGCAAAUGGCGAAAUUCGUAACAGACGUAAAAACAUUCACGAUGGUGUGAUACGUUCAGACAAGAAUGGAAACACGAUACGUCGAGAGGAAUCUAUCGUUAUUUCAAUGCCUCUUUCAGCACGUGAGGACGAUUUACAAUCGCCAUUGUCGGAUUUAGAGGACUAUGGGCAAGACGUAGACUCUGAUGAUGAUGAUUACGAAGUGAAGGAUAUCACUGAAUUUUCUUUGACUGACGAUAUUCCCAGGAUAAUUGUUCAAUCUGCUACUCCGAGACCCCCGGACGAACACGAAAAUACAGUGAUGGAUGUCAACAGUGCUAAAAAUAAAAAGAAGCGACGUCGACGGAGGAAAAGUGCAAAAAGUCGAAUUUCGACAACAACGGAAGAUGGGAAGAGUUACAAGGAAUCUGAUGCAAAGAGCAAAAGGAACACUCACUCACAUAUGAAGAAAAAGCAUCUAAAUACAAAAGAUAAAAUCACUUUCGGAACCUCAACGCUUCUAUUGAAGAUUCCAGCGAAACGACAGAAAAAGAAAAAAAAGUACUUGAUCAAGACUACAAGAGAAGGAGAAGAUGGACUGCCUGAAGUGGACGAAAAAGAGAAAGAUCUCCAAUCCAAAACAUCCGGUGUUAAGGAGGAAUCGCUCAGAGAGAAGGCUUACAAAAUGAGGAUGAAACGAGGAGAAACGUUGGCCGACCUCGUCAAGAAGAGGAAGAAGGUGCCAAUUCUAAAGCACCCAAUGGAGUCGAGUAACCGGGAUUCGCCAAUCGUGAAACCACCAACUAGUAGCUGGGGACUGCGACGGGGCACCACACCCAAAACCGCCCCAACGAUGACGCAGGUUGAGCAGGCAGAUAUCAACAUAUCUACGCCAAUACGGGACGCAUGGAAACAACAGAAUUGGUGCUUCGAUCAACGAGGAGUUGUGGUCGGGAGGACGAUAGCAUGGUGAUGUUCAGAAGAGCAAAUACGGAUUUGGACGCUUUACCCCAGGAAUCUACUCGAGUCAAGGUUCCGGAGAAGGUCACGUUUUACGAACCUUCAAAACCGGCAAAUGAUGACUUAUGGAAGAAAAUGCGUGGCAUGUGGAAUUUAGCGAGUCAGGCGAUUACAAGUCCAAAUGUAGGUUCGAGCUCCGCUGUUGGAAAGAAAGGAAAGAAAUCAAAAGUGAGGAAAAUUAAAAUAUGAUGAGGAAACGUUCUAGCGAAAGAUGCAUCAGAGUAUGUGAUUGGAUUUCAAUUGUUUGUAUUUCUCCCCCGACCACAGAGAACAUUGCUUCACAUUUAUAUGUAUUUGUCGUAUAAAAUCAUAAAUCAAAUGUACUACAUCCCUGUUCUUUUGUUGUAUCGUGUAGGAUGAUCAAUAUUUAUUGGUAAUUCCUGUUUCAUGCAUUAUUCAAUAAAUCCUUUUUAUGUAUUGUA